AUGAGCCUCUCUGCUAAUGACAAAGCAACUGUGAAGGCCCUCUGGGCUAAGAUCUCCCCAAAGGCUGAGGAUAUCGGCAAUGAGGCGUUGUCCAGAAUGCUCUAUGUCUACCCUCAGACCAAGACCUACUUCUCUCACUGGAGCGACCUGAGCCCCGGUGUAGCAGUCGAUUCUGCUAUUACUGUUUCCAUUAUCAACAAUACAUUUGAAUUAAUAUUAUAUUUGAUUAAUCUGUUUUUUCAGCUGAGAGUUGAUCCUGUUAACUUCAGGAUCCUGUCCCACAACAUUCUUGUGGUGUUGGCCAUGCUCUUCCCUGAUGACUUCACACCUGAAGCCCACCUGGCCAUGGACAAGUUCCUUGUAAGAUUGGCCCUGGCUUUGUCUGACAAAUAUCGUUAA